CUCCCUCCGCCCUCCCGCUGUGCCUGCGCUUGGUGCUCUAGACUCAGCUCUCCCUCUUCGCCCGAGCUCUGAGCGCAUGCGCCUUGACAGAUGGGUUGGGUCUACAUGGAGAACUGCUUAGCGGCCGCGGCGCUAAACGGGGUGGACCGGCGUUCCCUGCAGCGCUCGGCUAGGCUGGGUCAAGAAGUGCUGGAGCGGGCUAAGAGGAGGGCGGUGGACUGGCAUUCUCUGGAGUUUCCCAAAGGCAGCGUGGGGGUCAUUUCCCAAGAGCGACCUUACGGAGAAAGAUGGCCCGUAGCCGGCCCCGAGCGCCUUCUCCUAGGAGAGAGAGAAGAAAGACGCCCAACCCUCAGUGCUUCCUUCAGAACAAUGGCUGAAUUCAUGGACUAUACUUCAAGUCAGUGUGGGCCAGUUUACAUGGGCUCAGAUGUGUUCAGUGACUUCGCAGGCCUGUCAAGCAGGCAGAAAUAUUAUUCAUCUGUGCCGGAAGAAGGAGGGGCAACCCACGUCUAUCGGUAUCACAGAAGGAAGUCGCAACUGCAGUCGUGCUCGGACCUUGGGAGUGGUCAGAGUAAAACAACAUCCUUUGGCUUUGGAGGCAACUAUCAAGCCCCAGAGUACAUCCCAGAGGCAUCUCCGCCUGCUGACAACAUCUCUAAGGACCUCUACAUAGAAGUGUAUCCAGGGACCUAUUCUGUCACUGUGGGCGCAAAUGAUCUAACCAAGAAGACUCAAGUGGUGGCCGUUGAUUCAGGACAAAGUGUGGACUUGGUUUUCCCUUUAUGAUGUUGACCAUCACGUUACCUUUUUUUAAGUAGCAAGAAGAAUAAAGCCACCAUAUGAUUCUCA